CCGCGGUGUCGGGUCGACACCGGUUGACACAUCGAACGCACUUACUGCUUGUAAAAUGGCGCUACCCAGAGGCUGCAAUGCCGUUUCGCUGCUGUACGCCUGGCGAUCGACGGUGUUUUCCAGAUCGCUACGGACAACGGCGGCAGUGGGAGUCAAAGAAAUCCGGGAGCGGCAGGAGGACGGCGUGACCAUCUACGAGGGCAUCAACGUCGACUCUCCGCGCAAGGGACUCGUCGUCAAGCCACGCCACAACACGUCGGCCUGCCCCCUUUGCAGGGUGGGACUCACCAACCUCAAGUACACGGACGUGCUCAUCCUGAGCCAGUUUGUGGACUCCAAGGGCAACCUGCUGCCAACCUCGGUCACAGGACUGUGCCUGAAGCAGCACAGGCUCGUCGGAAGGCUGGUGUAUGAGGCGCAGAGGACGGGACUGAUGCACAAAGACGAGCACGUGCCAAAGGAGCGUUGGCAGGAGCUCAACAACUACUUUGGACGCACGCGGCUCAAGAUCGACUUCGGCAAGCCCCUCAUCGACAUCGCGGAGUACCUCAAGAAGCCCCCCAAACUUUAGUCGGCGAGUGAGACGACGCCGAGGCCUUUGGUGCAGAGAGACUUUUAUUUCCCGCAGCGCAGUCUUUGCUGUGGGAUAAUGAACCGGCAUCCUUUGUACAUUGUCGCGCGUGAAGUAGGUGACCUUGCAAAUAAAUAAACGGAGAUGAAAACAA